AUGGCUGUGGGUUCAGGACGAGACGAUCAUUGUAGUUUGGACUCUACAAUUGGAACGUUGAAAAGGUGUUUGAAGAUUGUUUCGGGGGAUGUGAAUCUGGAAACAUGUAAUUCAAACGAGGAGUCUCCGUCUUCGCACGUGACCAGUCCAUGGCCACGGGAUCAGCACAUGUUCAGUCAAGAUGAUCUGGUUGGGAAUGAACGAUCACAAACGAUUAAAGUUGUGGAUUACAAGGAUGAAACACAAAUUGGAGACAUCAUGCGGUUAAUAACUAAAGAUCUGAGUGAGCCAUAUUCGAUCUAUACAUACAGAUACUUCAUACAUAACUGGCCUGAGUUAUGUCUUUUGGCGUAUGAUACUGUUUCAAAAACGUACGUUGGUGCAGUUGUUUGCAAGCUGGAUAGAAAUGCUGAAGGUCGUCGGAAAGGAUAUCUGGCAAUGUUAGCAAUUGACGAAUCAUGUAGGAGACUUGGACUCGGAACAAGAUUAGUGCGUCGGGCAAUAGAACGAAUGGAGGAGCAAGGAUGUGAUGAAGUGGUUCUGGAAACUGAAGUUUCCAAUGUGAAUGCUCAACGACUUUACAAUAAUUUGGGAUUUAUUCGCGAGAAGCGUCUAGUGAGGUACUAUUUGAACGGUGGUGACGCAUUUCGCUUAAAACUUUAUUUCUCUUCACCUACUGCUGUAGCAAGGAAGGCAUCAUAUGUAUGA